UUACGCGACGUUAAUCGGUACAACUGGUCAAUCUCCGAAUAUCAAUUCAUUAUUCUCCACUAUCGUCGUUGUUUUCUUUGUCCGAUAUUCCCGUCCGGAAUAUCACGUAGCUGCUGGUGUGCCUAUGCGAUAUAGAUAAGCGGUGGUGGAGAUAACGCGAACACUCGGCGUGCAGCGGCGGAUCGACAUCGACAACAACAACAACAACAACAACUUUGAUUUUUUUCAAUAUCGUAAUCGUUACGGGAGUAGUGUGUCCGUUGUUGUGUAGCCCGCGCGCGUGCCCUCUUCGAAAAACAUUAAUACAUUGUGUGUCGUCGUUGCACACAGUUGCGUCAUACAUAUCGUUUUCCCGUCUCGGUUAGCUAACAGUUCCGUGUCUGGUGUCGCACACGACCGUUGUCGUCCGGCUUCCCACCCCAUCAGCGACUGACGUAAAGAAACCCCAAAAACAAAAAAGUGAUAAGUAAUAGUAGUAAUACACGGCCGCUGAACGCACGAUCGACGACGAGUGUCGAUUACUAUCCGUGCGGACAUUAUCGAGUGGAAUCGCACACACUUGCCCAGUGUGCUAUUGACACUUUGGAUUCGUCGAAAGAUGAACGUCGUCGUCUGAGAACUCACAAUUACGUCGUAAGCAGCUUAUAGUAUAAUUGAUAAACAAUGCCACUCUUCUACAGUGUAGUAGCCAGGGGUAUGGUCGUGCUAGCCAAGCAUGCCAACUACCAGGGCAAUUUUGGAGAAAUUCUGGAAGGUGUUUUAAUCCAGAUUGGACCAGAAAACAAAAAACAAAGUUUACUACAUGACCGUUACUUGUAUCAUUACAUUUGUGAAGAUCAGAUAGUUUAUAUGUGUAUCACAGAUGAUGAAUUCCAAAGAUCCAAAGCAUUUUUUUUCUUAAAUGAAAUAAAACGAAGAUUUCAAGCUACAUAUGGUCAUCGAGCAUCCAAUGCUAUUGCAUAUGCUAUGAAUUCUGAGUUUGCUCCAAUACUCGCUUCUGAAAUGAAACGAUUUUCCAGUCCAAACGAAUUUGAUACAUUAUCUAAAGUACAUGGGGAACUAGAUGAAUUAAAAGACAUAAUGGUUCGAAAUAUUGACAGUGUAGCUCUUCGUGGAGAAAAGCUUGAACUAUUGGUUAAUAAAACUGAAAACCUAUGUUCGCAAUCCAUGAAUUUCAGAGUACAAAGUCGUACUCUACAGCGUUCAUUAUUCUGGAAAAAUGUCAAAAUUUAUGUUUUAUUUAUAGCUGUAGGACUUGCUAUUAUCUAUUUCAUUACUGCGUUCUUCUGUGGAUCACUUGCUCUCAAUUGUAGUUAAUCAAUAAUUUUUAUGAAUUUAUAAUAUAUUUUUAUGUAUACUUAUACCAAUACAACGUCUCAAAUUUUAUAUUUACAUGAAAGUUACAAUACCUAUGCUUAAAACUUAUUUAUACUUUAUUAUUGUAAAAUUUAAUUAUCAUAGAUUACUUUUGUUAUAUCUUUUUAGUCAAUUGUUAAUUGUUAUGUACAUGUUAGGCGUUGAAAUAUU